AUGAGUGCGACAGAAACAACGACUGCAGUGGAAUAUCUCCAGCCACCAUGUUCUGCUCCUCAAAUCGCCGGCCAUGACGACGCAGCUGAACGAGGGCAAACCGACAUUGCGCUCUCGCAGCUCUAUCCCUCCCGCUCUCACAACCACAACCAUGGAUCGCUCAGCAGAGCUGAACCCGUCACGCAAGAGCUCAAGCCCGUCGAUCGCGGCCGCGAUGCCUGGUGCACUCUCCUCGGCGCAUUCGCCUUUGACGCCCUCUUCUGGGGCUUCCCCGGCUGCUACGGCGUCUUCCAGCGAUACUACUCCUCCGUCGCCGCCUUCCAGCCCGACGCCCCGCGCAUCCCCGUCGUCGGCGUCCUCUCCACGGGCUUCUACUACUUCGGCUCGCCCUUCUCUGCCAUGCUGGCCGCCAAGUUCCCCCGGUACCAGAGGCACCAGAUCUAUCUCGGCUGGGUGCUGAGCAUCGCCGGCCUCUUGUCCGCGUCAUUCACGUCGUCUGUGAAUGGGCUCAUUGCCACGCAGGGCGCGCUGUACGGGCUCGGCUUUGUGCUCAUCUCGAUGCCCAUCGUGAGCAUGGUGAACGAGUGGUGGGUUGCGCGCAAGGGCAUGGCGUUUGGUCUUAUUUCUGCGUCUUCUGGCGCGACUGGCGCUGUGUUGCCCUUCAUCAUUGAUGCUCUGCUGCGGCGAUAUGGAUACAAAAUCACCCUGCGCGCUUGCGCCGUUGCCAUGGCCGUUCUGACAGCCCCCUUGUUGCCGCUAUUCAAAGCUCGCUUGCCGGCCUCAGACCAGGCCAACCUCGCGAGAGUCAACUGGGACUUCCUCAAGAAGCCUCUCUUUUGGAUCUACGGCUCGGCGGUCCUCGUCCAGGGCAUCGGCUUCUUCUUCCCCGUCGUCUUCUUGCCCUCGUACGCCUCCUUGUUCGACAUUUCCUCCACCAAGGGCGCUCUGUUAGUCUCCCUCAUGUCGAUUGCACAGGUCUUGGGCCAGUUCGCCUUUGGCUACCUCUCGGACAAAAGCCUUCCCGUGAGUCUGUUGAUUACCACAUGCUGCGCCUUUGCAGCGACUGCGUCAUUCACCUUCUGGGGCCUGGCAAAGUCCCUUCCGCUGCUCGCCAUCUUCAGCUGCAUCUACGGCUUCUUCGCGUUCGGAUUCGGCACCAUGCGUGUGGCCAUGGGACGGGCAGUCAGCGACGAUCCGUCGACAGUGUUUGCCACGUAUGCCAUCUUUGUCUUUUUGAUGGGCGUGGGGAAUAUCCUGGUUGGGCCGCUGAGUGCCGAGCUGAUGGCGCCGAGGGAGGCUGUUCGGGAGCAGUAUGCGGGCAACAAGUACGAGCCCAUGGUUAUCGUGACGGGCGUGACGUCUUUCUUGGCUGCUUUGAUUGUGUUGGCGUGGCAUGGCGGCAAGGUGUUGUUGAAGUAG